AUGGUCGCCCAGAAGGCCUUUUCUGAGUACCUUUUUGAAAUCUGUCUCCCGUUAUCGGUGGCCAAGUCUCUGAGAAUGGAUAACUUCCGCAACUUCGACCCCCAGCAAAUCGCAAGCAGGAUCGCUGCGAAAGAGCAACAGUCCCUCAAAACCGCAACACAGAUCAAGGAAAUGCCCGCGUCAUCGGACACUGGGGAUCGUGCCUCGGACUCUUUGCUUCUGACCUCCACCUUUGAUCCUGACUGGGCCUUGGACACUGGUUUCGACCCCGUUCCGGACAGGGGACCACGCUGCUUAUAA